GUGUGAGUCAUUCGCACAACACGAACUCAAAAAUGGAUGAUUCUCCUGGACCGAGCACAAGUAAAAGUGCAAGAGAUAAGGCUGAGAACGCCGAAGAAAACACAUCGGAUUCUUCAAGUGAUUCCGAGGUUUCAUCAGCUUCAGAAAAAAGCGAAGAGUCCAGACCGUCGAGUGAAAAGAAAAAAGUGAUUACCAGAGUUAUUCCCGUCCGCCCACCCACUAGAGACAAAGGUCAUCGUGUGAAUCUCCUUGAAUCGGGUAAUGAAAGUGAGACGAAAAGCCUGUACCAACGAGCGAAGGAAGGAAUACCUUCGUACAAGGGUAAACCGGAGAUUAAACUCCCAACCACGAGUGAGCAGUAUUACGAUCUCGAGGAAGUGCUCAUGAACCCAGCGAGAAUGGAAGGCCGCGAACUUACACUCAAUGCAUACGAUGCGGUCCGCAAUAAAUACAAUGUUCUGCCUGGGAAGAGUGUAUGUGAAGCUGAUUUGCAAAAAGUAAUUGGAAGUUUUUCCUGUGAUGUUUGCCAAGAACUUAUACAAGGAUCUAUUAUGACAAAGAAAUGCGGUCAUCGAUUCUGUGACCAGUGUAUUCUUGUGGCGUUUAUGCGAUCUGGAAACACAUGUCCGACGUGUCGUCAGAACCUGGGAUCCAAAAGAGAACUACAACAAGAUCCUCGUUUUGAUCAACUGAUUUAUCAGGUCGUUGAGAGCCGCUCCAUUGUUGGUCGCAUGAUGGCUGAAAAUCGAGAGCACGAAAAAGACGUCUACUUUGGAAGAAAAGGUUACAUUGAGGGAGGAAGUGAUUGGAAUAAACGCUACGGAAUCGAUCCAAACUCAAAACUCAAAGCUCCUCGUCCACUGAAAUCUGCUGGUAGAAAAAAAAUUCGCUGGUUUCACGAGAGUGAUGAAGAUGGCUCUGUAAGAAAAGUCAUGGAAUCAAAGAAAGGUGCUCCGAAAGAGGAUGAUACAAAUUAUCUAGAAAAUGACAAAGAGGGAACCUCGGUAGCUGCAGAAAAGGAGGUAUUGGAAGAAGGUGAAAUGGAUUUCCCAAUUGAGAUUAAGUCGAGUGAUGAGGAACAAACUGAUCUUGAUGAUGAAGAAGAGAGCAUGUUGGACUCUGACUUUGAGAUUUCUGAUAAUGAAGACGUGUCCAAGCCGUCGUGUUCCACAAGUAAAAAGACAACGAAUAGAAGUCGUGACUCCAGUGAAAGUGAUAACGAUUCUCGAGAUAACGAAUUGCAAAAGAAGAAGAGAAAGAUGAAAAGAAAGAACGUGCCAAAAACGGAUGGAUCAGAUGUUUCGAAUGAAAGUUUCGAUGAGGAUGCUAGUGGUGAAGUGGUUGCCACGAAACUAAUCAAAGAAAGCAAAAAGAAGCCUUGUGGACGGCCGAAAAAAAAGUUUGCUCCGGAGCUCAUCGAAGGUGACAUUCCAACACCUAGUGAAGAUUCUCUGACAUCUUCUGAUGAAGAACGAGAUGACAACGCUGCAGAUCCAUAUGCAUUUGUUUUCCAAAAAGAGUUCAAUCGUGAUCCUCGAAGAGAUGGACAUCCGGAAAAGGAUAAGCUGUACAACUUUGACUUCAUGAUUGAUAUGAACCAUCAAGUGGAUCGAAAGUUCGAGAAAGAUGGAGAAAUUCAUGUAAUCAGCGAUGACUCAAACUCGGAGCACGAAUCUGAUGAAGCGGAGGAUCGCGAGAGUUCAAUCGAUUCUGAACAUGAAAAAGAGAUCAGCAAGUUUCUCAGUCACCGCCAGCCACUACCAAAUCCGACUUCCGUAGAUGAUGACUGUCAAGUUAUAACCGUCGUGAAAAAAGACGUCAAGCAAUCUGCGAUCACAAGUAAACCCGGUGAAACGUCUCCAGAUUCUAGUUCGAAAAUCGAGGAAAAGCCAGACAAAGUCUCUGAGGAAGUAUCUGACGAUGAGAUGACUCCAGAACAUAUAACCGCUGACAAAGGAACAGAUACGUUUCUCAAUAAUAUUAUGGAACACGAUGAUGAAAUGUACGGAGGAUACUUGUUCAGACCCGGAGACACUGGCAUUAGUAGACCAAAAGUUCAAAGGGCGCCGGGAACUAAUCGCUUAUCAAUGAAUGUUUGUCCGGAAGCGGUUUAUGUGGUAUACCCACAACCAGUUCUAAAGGAAGGCAAGAAAAAGUUGGUCAUACCCCCAGAAGACUACGAAAUUUCAUCUGAUGAAACUGUUACAUUGUCAGACUCCGAAGAAACAUCACCUUCUGCAGAGAUGGAACAAUCGGAGACAUCAGAAGCAGGCCCUUCUACUAUAAUCAAGACGUCGGGUACAGAAAGAGAGACACAAGGAUCGUCUUCACCUUCUGAACCAUCUACGUCCAGAGAUCGUAAAAUGCACAAAAGGAAGCUUGACACGAGAAGAAGAAAACUUGCGGAUGAUUCUGAUCUCAGUGAUUUUGAUGUUUUUUCGAUCGAUGGAAACGAACUCGUAGCCACUGGUAAACCUAUAAUAAAACACAAAGUAUUUUAUGACUCAGCAAACAGAAUGCCAAGUAAAUCUAACCUUGACUUUACUGGUCGCCGUAACGCAAGAGAAAUCCCAAUGGAAGAAAUUAGCCGACUGGCCGAGGAACAAGUGGCUCACGAAGAAUAUAAGAUACAUCGUCGAAGACAAGUUGUUCUGGAAGCCGUUGAAGCAGCGUCAAAAAAGUUGAAUGUUUAUGUUGACACUACAGAAGAAGAAGAAAUUGAAGAGGAAGAGACACCUGAAGAAGAAGUUGUGAAAGUAGCGUCUCCGACAGCACCAAUUGCUACUGAGAAUCCUACAACUAGCACUGCACCGUUUGAAGAAGGAGUUGCGAUGAAAGAAACACCUAUUGAGGAAAUAUUUUUCGACCCAGAUGAGCCAUGUUCGUCUGCACAAGCUGCACAACGAGAGUUGAUAAUAGAGCGUGUUGGGAAAGAGCAACAGAUUAUUGAAGAUUCCCUAGAGCAGAACAGAAAGCCAAGUUCUAAAACGGUAAAGGAGUCUGAGUCAAGAGAAGCGCAAGAACCCAGAAUUGAGAAAGAUGAAAUGGAAAGUGAGCAACAAAAAAAGGACGCUGACAAUCCGACUGUUGAAGUGGACAAAGAAUCUGAAGCUAGUUCAAGUGAAUCUGACAAAUCGGAUUUCGAAGAUGAAACUCUUGACGCUCAAUCAAAAACUGUCAAAAUAUCUUUAAAGCAUGAGAAAACUGUUUCAGACGAGGAAAUUGAAGACUUUGAUACGAAAUUUGGAGAAUUUGUCGCAACUGCCGAUGCAAAAAUGAUCAAGCGAACGAUUGGAGAAUACGUGUCGACCGAGUUUCUCAAAUUGGUUGCUCAACAGCCAGCUGUUACUGACGAAGUGUUGGCGUUGGGUUUUUGCGUUCGAAACACUGAUCAAGAGUUUUCAACGAUCAAAGAAACGGGUAAAAGGACGAACAAGAAUCCGGAUGAUGUUAGAUUGGAAAGCAUGGUAAAAAACUUUCGUGAGAGUUUUGCUGCCAAGCACCGUCCAGUUCCCAGGAAACUGCCAACAAAUAUCGAACGAAUGUACAUUGAGAGAGCGCACAUGGUGAAGUACAAGCACGUCGUUGACAUGGAACCACUGCACAUGAAAAUACUCAUCGCCCUUCAAAAACAACAAAUCGCUGCUACGUGUGCCAACUUGUCACAGCCUGUAACAGUAACGCCAGAAGAGCACGCGGAGCAAGUGCAGCUGCUUCACAACCUGCAAAAUCCGAGCAUUCUCCGGCCGCUUUUGAAUAAUCCACAGUUUGCGUUGACCUUGCACAAGGCACAACAACAAGCCAUUCAACAGCAGCGUGCUCAACAAAAAGCACAGACACAGAAGGAGUUGGCGGCUCGUCAGGCAGAACAAGCUCGGGUCGAAGAACUUGCGAGGAAACGAAUCGCUCAAGAAGACGCUGAAAAAGCUUUACGGCAAAAGGGAGAACAAAUGAGUAAUGUGUCUGGUAUCCCCGUUAGUUCGGAUCAGAAUGCUCAAUCUUCUAAUGCUCAACAAACGGGACUUAUUGAGAAUCAAACCACGACGACAAAUUCUGACUCUCUUACGCGACCGAACACACUAGCCGACAAUUCCCAUUUGGGCGAAUCACAGCAAAUUCCAGUCAUUGAAAGUAUCCAGAGUUCUACCUCGGAAGCAUUAAAGGAAUCGGAAAACUACAAGGACAUGCCAAUUCUUACACCGGCUUCCACUGUCUCAUCUAAAUCUAGUGCCCCCGCCACACGCCGCCCGUCUAGGCCAUGCAGCUCCUAUGACAGACCUUCAUCACCUUCAGUCGUAAUACGUGAACGAUUGGGAUCUGACGGAGCUCUCAUCAAUAGACCACCGAACCGAUGCAACAUUGAUAAAUCUCGGUCUCGAUCUCCAAUUAGUCGUGCUCCAGUAGAAACUGUACGAAUCAACGAUCAUGGGCAGAAUGAGACCAUUCUUGCUGGAAAUAUUACGCAUACAGUGGAAACGACGAUUCUUGAAGAAGGAACCAGCAUUGGUCAAGAUUCAACAAUUAGAUAUGAUGGUGAAUGCUCAACCACUCAGUAUAUUGACAAGACGAUUGAUCUCGAUAACUCGAAAAAUGGUACAAAUGUCGAUGAGGAGCAGAGUAAUGUUUUGAAAUUACGGGAGAACGACUUAAAUCGGGAAAUGCUCCGUUACGCCAACCGCUAUCAUCCUAGUACGAUGUUGGCAAUGGGUAAUCUCUCAAUCAACGAACGCCACAAUAAAGUUCAGCAAGUGCUUGCCUCUCAAGAACUUCAGGAUUUGAUUGCUCGUCAUACAUCUGGUGCAGUUAGUCAGACUCAAGUUGAAGUUGUUGGAGGUGAAGGCGUUUGUGCUGGAACUUCGGAUGCCAUUGGGGAAACUGAUGAAGAUGAUGAUGUUGAAGAGGAGCCAGAGUUCACGGUGGAUCAGUUGGAAUUGGCAAAGAAAAUUCUUAAACAGAGACAAGGUUUAGAGUCGUCUGAAGAUUCAGAUUCUGAUGAAGAUAUGGUGUAUGACAACGUAGAUGGAUCUGUUAUAAGAAGAGCCCCGCACAAAAAACGUGAAACACGAAAGAAAAAGAACAUAUUCGUGCCCAACAUUCCGCCGAAGAUUCGUCGGAAGUAUGUCGACAAAAAGAUUGAAAUGGAACGAGCAAAAUAUCGUGCCCGCAUCAAGUCGCAGAAGAUGGCGUCGAUUCGAAUUGCAGUUCCUCAGAAGCCAACGCAGCAGUUUGCCACUCCACAACAGCCAGUACGUGGCCCCGGAAAACAUUCAGCUGCGGCAGCUGCUCGUGCAACACCCAAGCCAAAGAAGGCCAAAAUGUCCAACGUGCAAAUGUCUAUUGUCCAACCACCUUUGCCCCUUCAUCAGCUGCAAGGUCACAUGAGUGCUCCAACCAAAAUCACUGCUGUCCCGAAUGUUGCUGCAGGAUUCCAUCAAAAUCAGCAACAAUUAUACUCGGAUAUGGCACAAGCUCCACAGAGCACACCAAUUCGAACAACACCACAACCCGGUACCGGCUCUGCCCCACAAGCCCAGACUCCACAGUCACAUUUGGCUCAACUCGGACAAUUUGUAAAUGGAGCCAACCAACAACAAGCACCACAACAGCAGGGAAUGUAUACUGCUGCUCAGCUACAGGCCAUGCAAGCAGCUGUAGCUCAGACGGCCCAAGCGGCGCAAGCUGCUUAUGCUGCGGAAGCUGCAUACCAAGCCCAAGUUGCUCAACAAGCCCGAGCUGCUCCACCACAACAAUUAGUGCAGAGACAAGUUCCAGUCGGACAUCCAGGACAAGUUAAUGUUCCAAUGCCGGCGCAAAUGUUGAAUCAAGGAAAUCCACAAAUGGCUGUGAAUCCGGCUCAAGCUCAAAUGAUGGACGAAAGACGGAAGAUGGAAGAAGUCAACGCCGUUUAUCAUCUCAUGCAAUCUCGUGGUCAAUUUCCACCCACUAAUCAAGAACUUUUCCAAGUACAAUUCGCACAGGCCCAAGCCGAUCUUCGUUCAGCUGCAGCUCAGGCCGCACAAGCGGCUCAAGCUCAGGCUCAAAUGACAAAUAUGAGAGCUCAAGCGGAAGCAGUUGCUCGUCAGCAAGCGAUGAUGAAACAAGAGCAGGCCAGAGCUCAAGCCGCUGCUAAGGAAGCGGCAAGAUUGAAGGCGGAAACCGAAGCAGCCAAGGCGAAAGUCCAAGCUGAAGCAGAAGCCCGGAGAAAAGCUGAACAAGAGAUGCGAGUUCGUCAGGCUCAGGCGGCGCAAACUCAGGCUGCGCAAGCACAGGCUCAAUCGCAAGCCCACGCUCAAAAUCAAGCACAAACUCAGGCGAUCGUGGAAAUUCAAAGAAUGAUUCAGUCGGGUCAACCUCUUUCAAUGCAGCAAAUGCAACAGCUUCAACAAAUGUCUCAAGUUCAAAUGCAGCAUGCUCAACAAGUCCAACAAAUGCAGCAGAUGCAAAUGCAACAGUUGCAAAUGCAACAGUUUGCCGCUCGUAUGCAACAAGGAACUCCGAAACCAGCGGUGUCACAGCAAGCCGUUCAACAAGGAAUGCCGGCUGGAAUACAAGGCAUGCCCACUGGGAUGGGAAUGCAACAGUUACAAGGCCUCGGAAUGCCUGGAAUGCAGCUACCGCAACAAGCAGGACAAUCCCAGCAAACUUCUCAAGCCCAGCAACAACAACUUUUCAUGCAGCUUCAACUUCAACAACAACAACUGAUGCAGCACCAACUUCAGCAGCAAUUACAAAUGCAACAGCAUCAGCAGCAUCAACAACAGCAGCAGCAAAUUCAAAUGCAGCAACAGCAACAGCUGGCUCAACAAGGCCUAGUGCCAAAUGUUUCCAGUGCAUGGCUCCAGCAGCAGGCUCAGUUGGCUCAACAACAGCAACAAGUGGUUCAACAGAACCUUCUGAUGCGAGUCCCUUCCGCUCAGACACCGGUCGCCCCGCGAGCCCCUACAGUAGCUCCUCAAUCAGUUGUUCAACAAGCACCGGCACCAGCUACACCAAUUGCGAUCUCAGUUGCGACUACACAAGUUACACGGCCGGAAACUGUUGAGCCAUUUCGAUCGAUUUCCUCUGGAACUGGAACUGGAACGGAAAGAAUAAAUAACAACGUCGAGUUGGAGCUGUGGCCUACAAACGGUUAUUCCGAGAAAAAGCGCAAAGAAGGAUCACAAGCGUCUCCUAUUUUCGGCGCAUCCGCUGGCGAUUCUACUUUCUACCACGUCGCCUGCCUCAUCCGAUCUCGUUCCGCCUGCAAUGCCGAUGAUGUGGGAUCUCUUUGGGUUUUGAGACUUGAGGAUCAAACCCUCCUGCAAUUCCAAUUGCAACAAACUCUUGCCGAAGCGCAGCGCUUCGUGGGUAAACAGCACUUGGUGAUUUUCUAUGACGAUGUUAUGUCCGGAGAAGUGCAGCAGAGCAAGGAGUACGUCAUCAACCGGGAAUUCAAGCCUUCAAACCGCCAAAUUCCUAACUAAAAUCUUUUUCAAUUUGUUUUGUGAUUUAUCGUCAUUCACUCGCCGGUCUCUGAAACUUUGUAUUUGUAAUUAUUGAGCACCACAUUACCAUCUAUUUAUUUUAAAAUUUUUCGCCUCCACUUAUGUGAAUUAUGAGGUGAAAUUAUGCAGAUUCUCGACAAAUGAAUGAAAAUGUUUUAAAAGCGUUU